CAGGCCCUAAAUCAGUAGUAUUUGUGCCCCUUUAGAUGAGAGGUAGAGAGUAUUUGUGCAAUCUCCUCGAAUCAUGCAAUGACAAAAGCUCUAUCUCCCAAUUGCACUCUCUCUUGCUUAGAAAUGGUUAUCUCCAGGACAGCUUAUUCGUCACAAAGCUAACCUCUGGAUACGCCAAAUACACCUCUCUCAAAAUUGCACGCCAGGUGUUCAAUGAAACGCCCCGACCAACCGUCUUCCUCUGGAACGCCAUACUCAGAGCCUAUUGCAGAGAGAAUCAAUGGCUGCAGACUCUCCGCCAAUUCCGUCGCAUGAAUUUCGCUGUGGGAGGCGAGAGCCCUGACAACUUCACAGUGCCCAUUGUGCUCAAGGCCUGUGCUGGAUUGCCCGCGCUCGAGAGCGGCAAGGAGGUGCAUGGAUUUGUCAAGAGGAAUCAUGGAAUGGAAGCCGAUAUGUUCGUUGGUGCGGCUCUGAUCCAAAUGUAUGCCAAAUGUGGAGACAUGGGCAAUGCCCAUCGAGUGUUUGUCGAAUUCCCUCGGCCGGAUGUUGUUUUGUGGACUUCGAUGGUUACUGGGUACCAGCAGAAUGGUGAUGCCGUGGAAGCAAUGUCAUUCUUUUCUCGAAUUAUGAUGGCAGAAGGUGCUCUCAUUCCCGAUCCUGUGACUCUUGUUAGCCUGGUUUCGGCUUGUGCACAAGCCAAGAAUAUCAGCGGUGGAAGAUGUUGUCAUGCGUUUGUUGUGAGGAGGUACUCUCAAUUUGAUCUUUCUUUGGCCAAUGCCUUGCUGAAUUUCUACUCAAAAGUAGGGUGUGUGGGGAAUGCAAGGAAUCUUUUUGAUAAAAUGCCUAAUAGAGAUGUCAUUUCGUGGAGUGCCAUGAUUGAUUGCUAUGCUCAGAAUUGCAAUGCUGUCGAGGCAUUGGAUCUUUUUGAUGGCAUGAUUGAGGAUGGAAUUGAGCCGAAUUCAGUUACAGUGGUUAGUGCUCUACAAGCGUGUGCGGUAGCUUGCGACUUAAAAAAGGGUCGGAAGAUUCAUGAUUUUGCUGUUCAAAAGGGUUUUGAAUUGGACCUGGUGGUUUCUACUGCUCUGGUUGACAUGUACACGAAAUGUUCUUGUUUUGAGGAUGCUAUUAAUCUCUUCCAUCGAGUGCCUAAGAAAGAUGUUGUCUCGUGGGCUGCUUUGAUAAGUGGGUAUGCUCAAAAUGGUCUAGCCCACAAGUCAUUGGAGGUGUUUUGUGCCAUGUUGUUGCAUGGUACGCACCCAGAUGCCGUCAUAGUAGUGAAAAUUCUAACAGUAUGUUCUCAUUUGGGUGUCCUCCAGCAAGCUCUUUGCCUUCAUUGUUACUUGGUAGUGAGUGGUUUUGAUAAUAAGGCUUUUGUGGGGGCUGCUCUCAUAGACUUGUAUUCAAAGUGUGGAAGCUUAGAUCAUGCGAUGAUGGUAUUUGAGAGGAUGAGAGAAAAGGACAUUGUUGUCUGGAGUUCAAUGAUUGCGGCUUAUGGAGUUCAUGGCCUCGGAGUGGAAGCAAUCUUGACAUUCAAUCGAAUGGUAGAAUCUUCAGUUAAGCCUAACCAUAUUACUUUUGUAGCAAUCUUGUCGGCAUGUAGUCGUGCUGGAUUGGUAGAAGAAGGGAUUAAGAUUUUUGAAAGUAUGACAGAUGGUCACAAGGUCAUGCCCAAUUCAGAGCAUUAUGGUAUCAUGGUUGAUAUGUUUUGUCGAAAAGGAGAAUUGGAUAAAGCUGCAAAGUUCAUUGAUCAGAUGCCGAUCGCAGCUGGCCCGAAUGUUUGGGGUGCCUUGCUUGGUGGCUGUAGAAUUCAUAAUAACAUUGAGAUGGGUGAAUUUGCUGCUGCAAAUUUGUUGAAGUUGGAUCCUGACCAUGCGGGCUACUAUGUAUUGCUUUCUAAUAUUUAUGCUGUUGGUGGUAGAUGGGAUGAUGUGGCAGAGGUCAGGAGUUUGAUGAAGGCAAAAGGGGUGAGGAGGACACCAGGAAGUAGUUCGAUUGAGGUUGGGAAUGUGGCCAAUACAUUCUUGGAAGAUGACGGUUUGCCUGAAUCGGAGAGGAUAUAUGGGUUGCUGAGGGAAUUGGAAGUGAAGGUGAGAGAGGAGGGUUUUGUUCCUAUGAUGCAUGAUGUUGAGGAAAUGCCUCUUGUCUUGCAGUGAGAUGCAUGCAUGGUUUUAAAGAGUGGUUUUGUAGUGAGACUUGCAUGGUUUCCAACGAUAUUUAAGGCCUAUUUGCUUUUUCAAUUACAACAGUAAAUGGUUGUAAAUGGGCAAUGAUUAUUUACUCUUGCAAUUGUAUGGUGACCUCACAUACAUUUGUCCGCAACAAUGAUUUUGCUAUAUUGUUUGUUUUACCCAAAAAUCACUGUAAAAAUGUAGUUUUAUAAUAUGAAAAAUGUAAUGAUUACAAUUUACUUUA